UUAAUCGUAAAAAUUAGUUUAAUUUAAUUAUUUAUUAUUAUUUAAAAAAUAUCACUGAAAGAUGUACUAUAUAUAAUUUUAUAUAUGAUCCCAACAAAGAAAAAUAAAUAGAAUGAAAAAGAAUGAAAUAAUGAAAGCACGGUGAUACAAUUCUAUCUCAAUUUUACAAUCAUUAUAAUAACUAUGUUUUUGUGGAUAUUAAGCUACUUGAAUUUAUUAACGGCGUUUACUUUGUGCUUAUCAAUCAGUAGAUUACAAGCAGAGAAAAGUGGUUGGAAUUUUGAUCCAAAUACGCAAUAUCACAUUCAAACAGACGAAGGACCUGAAAGGUACUUUCGUUUUCAAACAUUAAAUGGACAAUACAGAAAAGAAAAAAGACUAGUUGAUGGAACAGUUAUUGGUACAGAGGGCUGGUUAGAUCCUCUUGGAUAUUUACGACUUAAAGACUAUAUAGCAGACAACAACGGAUUUCGAAUUUUAAGAUCAAAAAUGGUAUACGUGGGUAAUAAUAGACCUAUUUAUGAUGCGGUAACACAAGUGAAAAGAAUACCACCUCAAACUGGAAUUCUUGUAAAACCAAGGCGUCCACCAAAUCCUUUCAGAUCAAAAACAGAGCACGUUGUUCCAAUUUUCGACAAUGAUAUCAAUUCCGAGUAUUACGCCAGUACAACUGCCAAACCUCAAGCUAAAUCUCCUAUAUUUACUUCUAAUGAUUAUUAUUACAAUAUGAAUCCAACAAGUUCGCCUUCGGGACCACGCAACUCGAAUAAUUAUUCACAAAGUUAUAAUAUUCUUCGCCAACCGAAAAUGCCAGUUAAUCAACCGCAUUUCCAAUUAUCAACAAUUCGUACGAGCAGUGCAUCACGAAAUAAUCCAACAGAGUUUCCCGAGUUUGAUGGAACGUAUAACGUUGCUAAUGGAUUUCAAUAUUACUUGAAAAGGCAAUAUCACGAAGAGGAACAAGAUUCAACUGGAACUAAUGUCGGCUCUUUUGGUUAUAUCGAUCCAUUUGGCAUUAGAAGGGUGAUUUAUUAUAAAACUGACCCGCGAACUGGUAGUUUUCAUCAUAAAAAAAAUAACAAAUACGUCGGAUUCGCGUCAACUCCUUAUGAUCCGUCACUACCUAAUUUAUACAGAUCUGAUGAUUAAAGAUCUGUAAAUGGAUACACUUUUUCUCGAUUUCGUUUUAUAGUGAAUUCGGAAUUUUUUGUUUCAUAUAAUUGGAUUAAUUAUUACUUGCGACUGAAAUCUGUUUUGACGUUCUUUUUUUUUUUUAUGCGUUGUUAAUAGUAUAACAACGAAAAGAAAUUGUACAAACUUUUAUUAUGAUAUGUAUUAAAUAAGAUAAAUGUGUUGAUAUAAUAAUAUGGACAUUAAUUUUAAAAAUAUAUCAAAGACAAAGAAAUUUGUUCUCUUUCCAAUGAAACUGAGAAAGGAAGAAAUUAAGUUAUUGUAAAAAAAUUAAAAAAAAAAAAAGAAAAUUGAUAAUUCGAAAUGAAUGAAGAA